GUCCUGCAGGGGGCUACAACAGAGAGGAGUGUCUGAGGACUGUGGAGUGCUACAACCCCAACGAGGACUGCUGGACCUUCAUGGCGCCCAUGCGGACUCCCAGGGCUCGGUUCCAGAUGGCUGUGCUGAUGGGUCAGCUGUAUGUUAUCGGGGGUUCCAAUGGACAUUCUGAUGAGCUGAGCAGUGGGGAGAUGUACGAUCCACAAACUGAUGAGUGGGUUCAAGUGCCAGAGCUGAGGACAAACCGCUGCAAUGCAGGUGUCUGCUCCUUGAACAACAAGCUUUAUGUUGUCGGAGGGUCGGACCCCUGCGGGCAGAAGGGCCUGAAGAACUGUGACGUUUUUGACCCUGUGGCAAAAACCUGGUCUAACUGUGCCUCCCUUAACAUCAGGAGACACCAGGCCGCAGUGUGCGAGUUGGAUGGCUUCAUGUACGUGAUUGGAGGAGCAGAGUCGUGGAACUGCCUGAACACCGUAGAGCGCUACAACCCUGACAACAACACCUGGACUCUGGUGGCCCCCAUGAACGUGGCCCGCAGGGGAGCCGCUGUGGCCGUACACGCAGGCAAGCUGUUUGUCGUGGGUGGCUUCGACGGCUCCCACGCGCUCCGCUGCGUCGAGGUGUACGAUCCUGCCCGCAACGACUGGCGGAUGCUCGGCAGCAUGAUCUCCUCCCGCAGCAACGCCGGCGUGGCCAUGCUGGGCGAAACCAUCUACGUCGUGGGCGGCUUCGACGGAAACGAGUUCCUCAGUACGGUGGAGGUGUACAACCCCGAAACGGAUGAGUGGAACGACUGCACCAAAGCCCCAUCUCCCCUCUCUGAGUGAAGGGAGAGGGGAUGGGGAGGGAAGAACGGGGGAAACAGGGUUCUGGAGUUUCACAGUGCUUCACUCAUUUCCAAACUAACAGGCUUAGUGACGUAAUCGUGUUUCGUGAUGUUUUCGUGUAUGAACAGGUAUACGUGGGUGGGGAUGUUGAGGUGAGGAGUCUUCAGUGAAGACUGGCUUAAUCUUAGCAGGUCGGGGAGGGGGGAGGCAAUUUACUGAGAAUCCUUUUGUGUUUUAAAGUGUCAGGCAUUUGCUGCCCAAAGCAACGUUGACGCCUUCUUUUGUUUUUGCAUAUUGCAUAGAUUUUGGUUUUGUCUUGUAUAUAUUUUGUUUCUUCCUCAAAUUUUUUUUUGUCGUAUGCCAACAUUUACUACACUUAGUGCUUUUCAUUUCUUUAAGCUAGUUGCAUGGAGGG